UUCGUCAUUUCCGGCACAACGAUGGCGGCGACCAUGCGUGGCAGAGACAGAGCGAUGCCGUGUUGUACCUCCCGCGAGAUGGUUUCCCACGUAAUUUUAGCGCUGCUACUCGUCUCAGCGCGGUGUCUAGCGGACGAUAGUAUUAGAGUUUCCAGGCCUCGCGGUGUCGCACUUAAACAUGCGUCUUUAUACGACCGCACAAGAAAUUUCACGUGCUUCGACGGCAAGAGGGACGUCGAGUUUUUUAUGGUGAACGACGACUAUUGUGACUGUGAUGACGGCUCCGACGAACCAGGCACAUCGGCCUGUGUCAAUGGCAAAUUCCACUGCGACAACUUGGGCCACAAGGGCCAGGAUAUUCCUUCUUCCUGGGUCAACGAUGGCAUUUGUGAUUGCUGCGACGGCAGCGAUGAAUAUGCGACCUCUGCUGGCUGCGUCAACAACUGCCUCGAGCUCGGGCGGCAGGCACGAGAGGAAGAAGCAAAGAUGCGUGAGCUUCUCUCACGUGGUCUGCAGUUGCAGCAGGAGAUGGCCAACGAGGGCAAGCAGCACCGACUCAACUGCAAGAACAAGCUUGAGGAGCUGCGGGGGAGUGUGGAGGAAGCACGCAAGUCACGUGACGCCCUUGAAGCUGUCAAAACUCAGGCAAUGGAAGCUGAAACCCAAGCCCUUCAGAAGUACAAGGACGCAGAUUCCGAGCGCAAACGGGAACAGGAGGAACUGGAGAUGCAGCGCCACCAGGAAGAGGAGAAAGCGAAUGCGCGCGAGGCCUUUGGCGAACUGGACCUGGAUGGCAACGGCAUGCUUACUGUCGAGGAGCUGCAGAAGAACAACAUCUUUGACCAGAACAGGGACGGCACCGUGUCUGUGGAGGAGGCCAAGUUCUUCUUGCACAUGAAAGAUGAGAUGGGCCUGGAGGAGUUUUCAACCACAGGCUGGAUGAUCAUGAAGCCCAUCUACAGCACGAGCAAGAUGCCUCCUGCCCCAGAGACAGCACCGCCACCACUGCCACCAUCUGUGGAGGAGCAACUGGCUACUGCCACCACGCCGAUGCCUCCGUACAAGGAGGAAGAGGAGGAUGAGGAAGAGGACCCUCCCGAAGACAACGUGGACGAAGGAGACGAUGAAGACGACGAGGUGGAACCACCCAAGUUUCCACCCAAGGAGGACGAAGACGUCUCCACAGAAUCAUCCACUACAGACACCACCGAGUAUGACGAGGAGACCAAGGCACUCAUGGAAGCUGCCAAGAAAGCACGAGACGAGUUCACUGAAGCUGACACCAAGGUCAGGAACCUCGAGUCUGAAAUCAGGAAACUGGAGCAGUCCCUCGACACAGACUACGGCCCCGACGACGCAUACGCAGCUCUACGUGAGCAGUGCUUCGAGUUCACCGAUCGGGAGUACACAUACAAACUGUGUCCAUUUGACCAGGCGUCGCAGGCACCCAAGGGCGGAGGCGCCGAGACCGGCCUAGGACGCUGGGGCAGCUGGCAUGGACCAGAUGACAAUAAGUACAGCCAGAUGAAGUACGACGGCGGUGCGACCUGCUGGAACGGGCCUGCAAGAUCUGUCGUGGUUGACCUUCACUGUGGUCUGGAGAACCAGCUGACGUCGGCCUCGGAGCCAAACCGAUGCGAAUACCACUUCGACUUCAGCACUCCGGCGGCGUGCGCCCCUGUGCCAACAGACACGCCUACAGAGUCGCAUGUCCACGAAGAACUCUAACGGAUCCUCAUUGCCAUGUUCCACAAUCUUGGGGGUGGGCAUCCAUGUUCUAUCAUUCCAGCGGGGCCCAAUAAAGACAUCUCACUAGCGGGGAUGCACAUGGAUGUAGCCAAGGAGGGAGGGAAAGACAUGCAAUGCGCACAGGGAUGUUGUGACGUGGUUUGCGGUGACCUGCACAGCGUGGUGUUUUAAUUCGUGAAGAGAUUGGCGAAACGGUUUCAUGGCUGCCUGUCUGAUUCUCUUCUGGCCUUCUGUACAUUUGUCGGAAGGCAGUACCAACCCCUAUUUCUUUCCCUACCGCCUUUGCCUGCAAGCCGGUGGAAGUCUUUCGCUGUUGAACCAGCAUUGACCUUUUGUCCUGUAUACUUCAUGUUCUUGCUUUUUUUUUUUACCUAUCGUAAAAAAUAAAGCGUG